AUGCCUUUGGAAAACGGCGGGAGCGCGCUCUCUGCCGGACAGUUUGACGUGCAGCAGGAAGAGGGACCACAGCCUAGUUUAGUCCUGGACCCGGACCAGGAGCACAUGGAGGAGCCCCGAGGAGAGGAGGAGGAGGAGGAGGAGGGAGAGGGGGAGGAGGAAGACCCCGAGGAGGAGGGCGAGGAGGAAGGAGAGGAAGGAGAAGAACGACCCAAACGCAGAGGACCAAAGAAGAAGAAGAUGACCAAGGCCCGACUCCAGAGGUUUAAGAUCCGGCGCAUGAAGGCGAACGCUCGCGAGAGGAACCGGAUGCACGGGCUGAACGACGCGCUGGAGAGUCUGAGGAAGGUGGUGCCGUGUUACUCCAAAACACAGAAACUCUCCAAGAUCGAAACCCUGCGCCUCGCCAAGAACUACAUCUGGGCCCUGAGCGAGAUCCUGCGCUCCGGGAAAGCCCCGGACCUCAUGAGCUUCGUCCAGGCGCUGUGUAAAGGUCUGUCCCAGCCCACCACGAACCUCGUGGCGGGUUGUCUCCAGUUGAACCCGAGGACGUUCCUCCCGGAGCAGGGGGCGGAGCUUCCUCUGCUGGCGCCGGGUCCGGGGUUCACGGGGUCGUACUCGUACCAGAGCCCGGGCCUGACCCCCGGCCUGCCCAGCCCCCCCUACGGAACCAUGGAGCCCCCGCACAUCUUCCAGCAGGUCAAAGGUCAGCCGUACGGGCCCCUGGAGCCGUUCCUGGACCCGGGCUUCGACGGGCCCCUGAGCCCCCCCCUCAGCGUCAACGGCAGCUUCCCCCCGUCCUUCAAACACGAGGGCGCCGCCGACUACCCGUACGGCGGGCACUACGGCGGCGCGGCAGUGGGCGGGGCUCUGUACGGGCCGGGGGGCGGGGCCGGCAUCGACGCCAUCGUGCCCUUCGACGGACACGCCCACGAGCGAAUCAUGAACGUCCAGAUGAGCGCCAUUUUCCACGACUCGUGA